CCAAAAGCACCAGAAUUAACCCAAACAAACUCCCAGCACUCUCUCUCACUCUGUUUUGUCGUUAAAGUUGCUUCGACUUGAAAAGUUCAACGAUAAGUCUCCGAAAGAAAUUUCCCACAGCAUCUCAAUUUUCUCUUUCUGACAGCAUAUCAUCCUCUCUUUCAAUGGAAAAUAUGACCUCAGUCGCCCAGGGAUUCACUAAGUCGCUUGCGAUGACAGUGGUAUCGGAGAUCGGCGAUAAGACUUUUUUCGCUGCCGCGAUCUUGGCCAUGCGUCACCCAAGAAGACUUGUUUUGUCAGGUUGCCUAGCGGCUUUGAUAGUUAUGACUAUCCUUUCUGCUGCUGUUGGCUGGGCUGCUCCAAAUCUGAUCUCUCGUGCGUGGACUCAUCACAUAACAACAAUAUUGUUUUUUGGAUUUGGGCUUUGGUCCUUGUGGGAUGGAUUUAAUGACAAAGGGGAGGCUGAAGAAUUGGCAGAAGUUGAAGCAAAAUUGGAUGCUGAUUGGAAAGCUAACACAGGAACGGCCAAAGCUGGUAGCAAGGACAGUGAUGAAUUGAAAAAGCAGAGGCGGACAUUUCUUUCACAGUUCUUCUCACCUAUACUCUUGAAAGCAUUUUCCAUUACAUUCUUUGGUGAAUGGGGUGACAAGAGCCAGAUAGCCACCAUUGGUUUGGCUGCUGAUGAGAACCCGUUUGGUGUUGUUAUAGGUGGAAUUGUAGGGCAAGCACUGUGUACUACUGCCGCUGUCAUCGGUGGAAAGAGCUUGGCAUCUCAAAUAUCUGAGAGAGUAGCUGCGUUGUCAGGUGGAGUUCUUUUUAUUGUUUUUGGAAUCCAAUCCUUCCUUUCAACGGUUGAGUAGACCCAUCAUCUAACACGUAGGUGGUGGUUAGGUGUAUUAGUGACUUUCAUACAUUAAGAAGGUGAUCAUUCUCCGAAGGACGCAGCAAGAUAUGGUUAUUCACAAGAGCAAUUGCUCAACUCAUAAAUUUCCUGAUUCAAAGAGCAGUAGCAUGUUUGAUUAUCAAAAUUAACCAAGAGCGUGUUAUAUGCUAUUUAAAUGAUAUUCUGUUGGAUCUUGAUAUAUCUUAAA